AUCGUUUGACUUGCUUAAUGUUCAUACUACUCUCCUUUAUAAAUCCUUCUAGCUUGGCCUGCUAUGCUUCAAACAAUGGAUGCUAAACCUAAAACCAGAACAAGCAGAAAGAGUGUUUUUCUUCCCACAAACACUACCUCAACUCGUUGCUUUGUUCUCUCAAACUGUAGUAGUUCAAAGCGUACUGGGGAAGCAACACUUACCUGCACAGGUUGCAAACAAGAGUUUCUAGUACCAUCAGCCACAACUACAUACCGUUGCUAUAAAUGUCAAGGUGUUAGCUAUUCAUUUUCACGUUAUGAGCAAUCAAGGGAGGAUGGUGGAUCCAAAUUGUUCAAACAUGAUCAACUUAACAAUGCUAACGCAAAUGGAGUUUUGCUGAGUAGAUUAUCUCCUUCUAUAGGUUCUUCCUCGCCCUUGUCCACAGAUCGUAACAAGCGUGCAGUUCUAUGUGGAGUUAUCUACAGGAACAGGAAAUUCAAGCUUGAGGGAACCAUUAAUGACAUUGUUAACAUGCAAAGUCUGUUGGUUGAUAAAUUUAAAUUCCCAAUUGAGUGCAUACGUGUCCUCACAGAAGAGCAGGAUCCCAAUUUAUUUCCAACAAAGAAGAACAUACUGGAAUCCUUAAGGUGGCUUGUGAGGGACUGCGAGUCAGGGGACUCGUUGGUGUUUUACUUCUCUGGACAUGGUUUGCAACAAACAGAAUAUCACAAAGGAGAAGAACUUGAUGGACUUGAUGAAACUAUUUGUCCUGUUGAUUUUAUGCAAGAAGGAACGAUCACUGACAAUGAAAUAAAUUCUACCAUUGUUCAGCCACUCAAGAAGGGUGUCAAACUUCAUGCUAUUCUUGAUACUUGUCAUAGUGGAACAGCACUUGAUCUUGCUUAUGUCUACAACAAAGAAAAAGGCAGUUGGAAAUGGAAAGAUAACAAACCCGGUAGCAAAAACCCUAUUGUAAAACAUACAAGUGGUGGACUUGCUGUUUGCCUCAGUGCUUGUGAAGAUGGUCAAAUGGCUGCUGAUACUGCAGCUUUUGGUGGAAAAGGGACGAAUGGUGUUAUGACCUAUCUUUUCUCAAAAGUAAUCAAAGAAAAUUCUGAAUUAACAUAUGGCCUUUUACUAGAAAAGAUAAAUGACGAAAUUGGAAGGAUCCACCAAAGCAAAUUCUAUAACAGCUUCUUGAAACGCAUUUUCAAUCGUAAGGUUGACCAGGACCCUGUUUUAUCAUCGUCUGCGAAAUUUGAUGUUUCUAAAAAGAUAUUUAAAUUGUGAGCAUGUACGCUGAAACUUGGAAAAGACAAUUCUCUCAUUUGUUAAUUGGUUGCUAAGGUCAGGACAGAAUAUUAUUGGCUAUUCAUCAUAUCUAUUUCAUGAUAGAAGAAGUAAUUCAUGAUGACAUGGGAUUCUGUUGAUAGAAUAAAGUCUGGACUACUAUGCUAGAUUAUUUGUUUGAUAAUUAUAAAAUUGGUUUGAGUUUCAUUUCUAAUGAUAUUUAUUUUCCUUUCUCUCCAUGCAAUAAUCCAUGGUAUUAUAAGUAAUCUUAGGUUUCUGACUUAACAAUUCCCCCUUUUUUUCAUUUUGCACCUUCGAUUUGAGUUUGACACACAAUUUUUUUAAAGUUAAAGAGGAGAACAGUACUUACUGCUGUUUCCAGUUAAUCUGGCCAAUAUUUGCAUUAACUUUCAAGCAUUGCAUGAUGUGGUAAUCCAAGUUAUUGCCAUGUUUUAUUAAAUAGGAACCCUGCAUUCACAAAAAUGUCUCUUCAGUAACUGAUUCAGACAAUGAAUUUGUUCUCCUUUUGCCGUCAUUCUCUCACCUCUGCAAUCAAUUGGGUUAAUAUGGGAUGGAAAUUUGAAAGCAUAUAAUUUUUAUUUUGAAAGGGGAUUUUACCGCAUCAUAUGCAAAAAUUUCCCAUGAUUUCAGAAUUUUUUCAGAAGAUUCCUUUCGUUUGGAUAUCCACCAUACAGUUAGGAAGGAUUCAAAUAAAAAUGUCACUACAUUUCCGGUUUCAACAAAAAACAAAGUCUUUGAAAUAAAAAUUCGGUUCUUACUUCUUUAAUAUUGUCAGAGAAAACUGAGAAUAGAAUAAUUUCUUGAAAGCUAUGAAUUGUCUCUCUAACUAAUUUAACUAUUUUCUUCCCGGUGACGUAAGAUGAAUCUAUUAGGUCAAUAACUCUCAUAACUGUAGUAUGUACUUGAAAUAUUUCCUCCUCAAUAGUAGGCGAAUUCUAUAGAGCAUUGGCAUAAGGCAUAAAGACAUGAGCAAGAACCUUUACAAAACUGACUUGCAUUGCACGCCUAUUAAUAUUUAUUUUCUAAUAUAUUGCAAAAAAUUGGUAUAAGCAAUUUAUACAAUUACAGACAGACUCAGUUUGUCAGCCAAUAUAAUUAAAAAAAAAAAAAAACUUACUAGAAAGCUACAUUGAUCAUCCACAACCAGACAAACAACACUUGAAGCAUCUGGUUCUUGAUGCUUUAAUGAGUGCUAAUUCAAGAGAAAGAUGUAAAUCUUAUCUUGGACAAAAUUGUAAGAUUCUCCACCUCAUUCACUUAGGUUCCUCAUUGUCUAGGCUACCUAACCCAUCUGUCAAAUGGUAAAUUUAAUCAUAAUUUAAGUUCAACUAAGAUUAACUGGGUAUUACUAGAACAUUUAAUAUCUCUACCUUGCCUGCAUGCUUGGAAAUUGGGAUGAAAAACACUUGGGAGAAUGUCAUAUGGAAGCCUAACCAGGAUUAUGCUGCUGAUACCACCAAACAAAAGUUUAAGUCUUCCAUGAUCACUGCUAAUCCUGGCAGUGACAAACAGAAUGAUAGAGCUUUAAUCAAUAAUUCAGGAAAUGUUACAGGAGAUGGGAAUGGAUCACUUCAUCUCAACACCUACAAUUUCAACAUGAAUUAUCAUGCCUGUGGGAGUCCUGUUCAAUUCUAUUAUUAUCCUCAGUUUCCACCACAACCUCCAUUGUGGUCUCCUUCUGCAUAUGGUAAAAAGAGGGCAGUGUUAAUGGGAAUCAGUUAUAUUAAAAGGGCGCCGAAGCUUGAAGGUUCUGUGAAUAAUGCUCAGCGCAUGAAAUACUUUCUGACUCACAAUUUGGGUUUCCCUUGUGAUUCCAUUUGCAUGCUCACAGACCUGCAGAUGAUCCAGAGAAGCAAAAUCGAGUCCCAACAAAAAAUAACAUGCGAAAAGCCAUGAGGUGGUUGGUUGAGGGUUGCCAACCAGGGGACUCAUUAGUGUUUUACUUCUGUGGACAUGGAUCAAGGGUGAAAGACAAGGUGAAGAGACUUGACAUGGAUGAGGUUGAUGGGUAUGAUGAAGCAAUAUGCCCAGUUGAUUAUGAGGACAAGGGAAAGAUACUUGACGAUGAAAUCAAUGCCACAAUUGUUAGGCCUCUACCUUGUGGUGCCAAACUUCAUGCCAUCGUUGAUGCCUGCUUUAGUGGAACAGUUCUUGACUUACCAUUUAUGUGCAAGAUGAACAGGUAAUUAUGAAUGGGAAGAUCAUAGACACCCCAAAGCUUGUUACAAAGGCACAAAAGGAGGGCUAGCAAUUUGCAUUUCAGCUUGUGGUGAUAAUGGAAAUGCAGCAGACAAAUCUGCCUUGACGUACAGUUUUCUCCAAGCCAUGCAAGAUGAACCUAAAUUGACUUAUGGACACUUGCUCAAUGCCAUGCGCUUUAUAAACCAUUGGGCAAAAGCAGGAACAUUUGAUCUAAAUGGCCAAGUGCUUGCCAUGGACACUUGGCUGCAAUAUGCUCAUGAGCCACAACUGUCAUCUUCUGAGAUGUUUGAUAUUUAUUCAGAGUCUAUUGCAAUAUGACCAUAACAGGUAGUAGUAGACUAGUAGCACUGUCAAAAGAAAAUGGAUACGAGGAAUAGGUGGGGUUAAUCCUGUUGGAAGAAAAAGAAUGAUAUCAUGAUGGGAAAAGAUGAAUAAAGUGUUAUCAAGAAUGAUAGCAAGACAGGAAAGUACUACACUAUACUACUUUCUCGUUGUGCUAACCAACCACAAGUUAUUCCAAGUCAAUCCCAAGUGUAACCUCAUAUAGAUGUCUGAUUUACACACAGCAUUUAUUGAGGACGUGUGAGUUAUGUAAACUAUUGUUGAACUAGUGUUUUAUUUUCGUUUUACCUCUGCUGAGUUAGAUCAAACUUUAUCCAUCUUCUGCCGAUUAGUUUACCUUGAUGAGUCUAUUAAUGGGUCAUUAAAACGUUGUAUUGUAGAACAGUAACAUUGGGAUGGGUCAGUACUCUGAGAGUGUAUGUUCUUUCUAUCCUAAAUCAAUCACCCCCGUCCAUCAUC